AUGUUCAGACAAGCUACAGUAGCGGCUGGCCGUGUGCUUGCGCACGGAGGUGGUGUUCCUAAUAUCACAUUGCGCCAACCAGCAAUUAUGAAUACUGUUACUCGGAUGAGUGUUUCAAGACCUUAUACUACCAACAAGCCAAAUAACAGCAAGAAGGAAGCAACUAAGACCGAGUCGAUCUUAACUGAUGAUAUCUUGGCACGUGCUGGGUUUGAGGAAACCGCUGACGAACUCAGAAAGAAAGAACCAACUGAAGAAAAUGAACAAGAUCAAUCUGGUGAAUCAGGAGAAGAACAAGGGUCCAAGAAGAGAAGAAGAAGACAAACUUCCAAAGAUAUCAAGAGAGAAAAAGCAGCAAAUUGGUUCUAUUUGUCUACUCUUGUAGGUUUAGUUGGUGGAGUUGGUUACAUGAGCCGUGAUUGGACAUCUGAAGAAGAACAAACUGCUCUUGAUGGUAAAGAUAUCGAUAAUGGAUACACCCCUCAAUUAAUGUGGAGUCGUCUUCAAAAGAGAUGGAAUGGUCUUUUCUCCUUCUUCUCCGAACCGGCAUUCGAAAACUUAUUGCCACCUCCUGCUCCAGAAGCAUAUAGAAGACCUUAUACUUUGGUUUUAACCUUGGAUGAUUUGUUGAUCCACUCCGAAUGGGAUACUAAGAAUGGAUGGAGAACAGCUAAGAGACCAGGUGUUGACUACUUUUUGGGUUAUUUGAGUCAAUACUAUGAAAUUGUUAUUUUUGCAACCAAUUAUCAAAUGUAUUCUGAAAAGAUUGUUCAAAAGUUAGAUCCUUAUCGUGGCUUUAUCUCUUAUCAAUUAUACAGAGAAGCCUGUCGUUACAAGGAUGGUAAACUGAUUAAAGAUUUGAGCUUGUUGAACCGUGAUUUAGCUAAGACUAUUAUUAUUGAUGUUGCUGAUGAAUCAGUAUCUUCUCAACCAGAGAACGCUGUUGUUUUGAAGCCUUGGGAUGGUAAAUCAGAUGAUACUUUGGUUCGUUUAAUUCCAUGUUUGGAAUACAUGGCAGCCAGUAAUCAAGCUGAUGUUAGACAAUUUUUGUCUAAUUUCAAUGAUAAGUCAAAUAUUGUUCCUGAGUUCGAAGCUAAGGAACAAAAAAUGAGAGAAAAAUGGAGACAAGAUAAUCAAAAUGUUCUUUCUAAAGCUGGUAAGCCCAAUGCUGGUGCAUUUUUGGCUAAACUAAUGGGAUUACAUAUGCCAAACACUGAACCUAAAAUGCCAUUAGAUGUGAUUCGUGAAACUGGUCAAAAGAACUACGAGCACUUUAUUUCUUAUUUGAAGGAAACAGCACCCAUUAAUGAAGAACAUGAACGAUUGAUGAAGGAGAAGUUUGGUGAAGUCAAGUUGGCUGAUUAUUUGACUGGGAACACUCCUACUCAAGAAGAAAUAAUUGAAUUCCAAAAGCAAUUGCAGGAACAAGAGAUGCAACGUCAAAAGGAAAAGCAAGAAAAACUUCGUGAACAAAUGAAGCAACAACAACAACAAAAGUAA